AUGAGCCAAUAGAAAAAAGUAUCUGAAAAGAUUAGUACUUUAACAGCGCGAUAAUUCAUCAGCGAUUUUAGAAAGAAAAACAGUAAUUGUAGAUUAUCAUUUGAUAGCUAGGAGCUGAGAAAAACAUAACCUAUAAAAGUUAGUAGAUUAAAAUCUACUAACAUCGAACAAGGGGAUUAAAAUAGUAUUUUAAAUGAUUAUUCAAGUAUAGAAGCUAUUUCUUAAAAUCAUAUGAGGUUUAGCAAACAGACAAAAGAAAGAAAGAAUUCUUAGUACUAAAGCACUUUUUUUGAUUCUUCAAGUAUAAAAGAGUAUUUAAAUCAAAACCAAUUUGGAACAUCUCAAAGUAGAACAAUAACUAAUUAGAACAUUGACAUUUUAAAAUUUUUAAAAAUAGACUCGAUGAACACAACUUUACAGAAUAGUGGAUAACUAUCGAUUCAAAAAUCUGAAAGUGCAAGAUUCUAAUAAAGUGGAUAGUUUUUAUUUACAUAAUAUAAUAGUAAUACCUUUCGUGAAGAUUCAAUUUUAGACGGUGUUAAGAGAAGACAAUCUUAAUCGAUUUAGCCAAAUAAUAGUAGCAUUCUAAGAGAUUUACAUUAGAAAUCCAACUCACAUUCUUAAUAAAAUUUUUAAAAAGAUGAAUAUUAUUAAACUUACAAUUCAGAAAAUGCUAAGUAAUCAUGUCCUAACUAAUCCCCUUUAAAUAAAGGAAAUAUCAUCACUUUUGCAGUAGGUAAAAAUAACCAAGAUGAAUCAAGUAGUUAGAUUCUAAAAUCUAAAGACGUGGAGAAAAUAAUCUAAUUGAGAUAGUAAGGUAUAAAAUUAAAGAAGAAAGAGAACUUUUAUAUGCAGCUUAUCUCUAAUGAUGAAAUAGCUCUACCAAAGUAUGAAAAAGAAUUUCCUUCAAUAAGAAGAGAAAAAUAUCUUGAAAGUUUAAAAUAAGAAUAAAAAAACUAAUUUUCAGGUUAAAAAAACCCUUUUUUAAUUUAGCUAGAAGAUGGCUCUAUUUUAGACAUAGAAAAAGUUAAAAAUAUGACCGAUAGCUUGCAAAAAUCUCAUCGAUUGGUUUAUCAUAAUUCAUAAAAUAGCUAAUUUAAAAAACCUGAUGAGAGAAAGGACACAAAGAUUUUAUCUGAGUGGCUUGACAAUAUGAUAAAUAAAGUUUAUAAUGAAUAAAUAACUUCUUAUUAUGAUUUCUAUGAAAAAUUUGAGUUGAUUUUCGAUGGAAUAAUUAGUGAAAUAUCUCGCCAAUUGAAAUCAACAUGCUCUGAAAGAGCUUAGCUGCUAACUAAAGUUUGGAGCAUUUAUUCAACAGUAAUAAGCGAAUUCUUCUAAAAAACUUAACAAACUAACAUAAAAAUUGAAUCAGAAAAUUUUAAAAGAGUAAACAAUGUACAUAAAAUGUAUCUUAAUGAUAUAGUUGUGUAGAACUAGCAGAUCAAAGAGUUAUAUGAAAAGUUAGAAACAAAAGAAAACUACAUGAAUAAGCUGAGGUCUGAAAAUAGAUAUUUGAGAAAGAAGUGGCAGAAGUUAGAAAAGGGAAAUGAGUAUUAAUAGUAGCAUUUAGAAUAAUAUAUGUAGAUGUAUGAAGAUGUUGUCAAAGAAAAUUAAGGAUUAAAAAUGAGAAUAGAAGGGAUUAUGUUUACAUAAUAAAACGAUUACCUAGAUUAGUUUAGUCGAAAUGAUAUCUAAGAUAGGUUCCAAGAUGAAAUAGAAAAAAUUAGAACAAAAUUAUUUGAAUACUUUAGUAAUCUUUACGAUGAGUAAAAAUCUAAAUUAAUGGAAGCAUAUCAGCUCAGAUAAAAUUUGAAAGAAAAGGAAAUUCUUUUAGCUCAAAAAAUUGAAGAGGAGGACGAAGAGUACUAAAAAAACUUAAAAAAUAAACUUAAAAUGGACUAAGAAUCUGUUGAUGAUAAUAUUUUAGACAAUAAAUGCGUAGAUACCUCAGAUUUAUUUAAAACUGAUAGUAAAUGUGUGGAUACUUCAUCGCUUGUAAAAUAUGAAAAUGCAGAAAUCUAAGCUACUCCUGCCCCAAUUAAGCAAGUGUCCGUUUAAAUAUAAGUUGCACCGAAAAUAGUGAGUAGAGAGAUUUAGGCAGAUAUUAGAACAUUAAUUACAAAUAAUGAAAGUUUAAGUUUAUAAGAUCAGCAGUAGAUUCAGUUAAUUAAUGAAAAUUUUAUAGGCUUCAUUUAAAACUAAUUUUAUUUAAACUAUAGCAAACUAGAAAAAUAAAAUGAUUUAAAUCUUAUUUAAUUAGAUUUUUUAAAAUUUAAAGAAGGUUGUUAAUAAAUUUUAUCUAAGAUACCACUUAAAUAAGAAUACAGCUAACAAGACUCUAAUAAUAUUGCUGAUUAUAUUGAUGGCAAUAUUUCAAAAAUUUACAAAUUUAUCACUUCAAUUUUUGCUACAAAAAAUGCUCAAACAAAAAUUUCAAAAAAUUUAUAAAUUGGUGUUAAACAAAAUCAUAUGGAAAUUUUAGUGAAUGCAAAUAGAGUUGUCUUAUAUCACAUGUAUUAGAAAUUUAUUAAAUAAAAUGUUUAGAAUUAUAUAUAAAAUGAUACCAGUUCUGAAUAAAAUGAUGAUUUUUUCAAAAAUAUCUCAAAAAAAGUAAGUGUGACAUCUUUUAAUAAUUUGGAAAUGGAUAAAAUAAUCAAAUCACCUUCAAAUUUAUCAGAUUCUUUGUCACAUUAAAAGAGCUCUUUUUACAAACUUCAGAGAGCAUCCAAAAAUUUAAUAGUUGGUUUUUAGUUUUUAAAAGAAGCUUCAAUUAAAAAAGGAUAAGAAAAAGAAGAAAAAAUUGAUAAUUAUCACAAAUACUAACAAAUAGCAUAGGAUUUUGAAAAUAAAUACUAACAAAUAGCUUAAGAUUUUGAAAAUAAAUAAGAGAUAUAAAAGAAAAACUCGUUAAUUUAUGAAAAAAAAGAUGAGAAGUUAAUUCAAUUAAAUAAAAUUGAAAAAUCAUUUAUUUAAGAAAGUAAUACCUCAAACAUAAAAUUAAGCAGCUUUUAAAAUAAAAUUGUAAAUACAAAGAAUAAAGAAGAAUUAUCAGAAUCAGAUUAAUCAGAUAGCGAGAGUGAGAGUGAGAGUGAGAAAUCAUCAAGCGGGAGUAGUCAAAGUGAUGAAAGUAAUGAAUCUUCUGAAAUCUAAAAAAAAUCUAGUCAUAUUAUUUUGACUGAAAUCAAUUUAAAAAGUUAAAAAAAUUUAUAAAUAUAAAAUUAAAAUACGUAAAACUAGUCUUUUUUUUAGUUUAUAACUAAUUAAGAAGAAUAAAAGGGUGAAGCGAAUAAUUUAAAUAUGAACUUUACUUAAAAUUAGAAAAAAGAGUCUAUUUCGCUUAGUCCAAUAAAAUUGGAUAAGAAAAACACAGUUGAUAAAAAUAACGAGUCUUCUUAGUUUGAAUAGCUAAGUAUUUCUAAAAAUAUCUCAAGAAUAAAAGAAGAAGAAGAAUUCUAUGUAAAAAGAAGGUCUAGUGUACUGUCUUAAAUAAUAGAUAAUGCUAGAGUUUCAUUAACCUUAGAUAUUAGGAAUAAAACAUCUUCAUUUUCACAGGAAUAAACUCCAAAAAAAAUACCUGAAAUUUAAAUUAACAACGAAGACGAGGAUAUUUAAUUAUCAAAAAGUUCUCCAAAAGCUCUAAAAAUUACAAAUCAAAAAAAUUAAGCUAACGAAAAAAUAUCAACUUAGCAACUCCUUAGAGAGUUAAAACUAAUUACUCCUGUUGAAAACAUUUUUAAGAGACUUAGGGUCUCUAUAAAUUCUAAUAAAAUUACAAGAUAAUCUACUAGAAUAAUAGAAAAAGUCAUUUAAAAAAUAAAUAAAAAACCAAAUCAAGCCUUAGACCUGAAAGAAUAAAAGAUUAAUAAUAUUCUUAAAGUAUUUGGAAAUAUUAUGGUUGAGUUAAUGAAAUAUCUUAAAAAAAAUACAAACAACACCUUCCCAUUUUUUCAUGCCUUCUCAUUUGAUUAUUUCAUCAAUAACUAUGGUAAUUAACUUAUACAAAUCAAUUUAAAUUAAUUUCUUUUAAAAUUAAUUUUAUCUUUUAGAUUGAGAAAAAUGCAUUGA